AAAUCGUGUUAUGUAUAGUUCAAACUCACUUGUAUGUAUGUGGAGGAAUUUUUGUUUUAUAUAUAUACAUAUAUAUAUUUUUUUGUUUUAUAUAUAUAUAUAUAUGAGGGUGUAAAAAAUUGUUUUUUUUAAAAUCGUGUUAUGUAUAGUUCAAACUCACUUGUAUGUAUGUGGAGGAAUUUUUGUUUUAUAUAUAUACAUAUAUAUAUUUUUUUGUUUUAUAUAUAUAUAUAUAUGAGGGUGUAAAAAAUUGUUUUUUUUAAAAUCGUGUUAUGUAUAGUUCAAACUCACUUGUAUUUCCAUGCUCAACUGUAUUAAGUGCUACAUCUUCAUCUACAACAAUUGUUCCAUCUACAUGUGCUAUAAAUGUUGCUCCUACAAGUGCUAACCAAGCUGUAGCAGCUGCUACAAGUGUCCCACAACCUCCUCAAAAUGCUUCACAACCUGCUGAGACCCUGGACCAACUAGCAAUUGAUCAUUUUUGCGAUGGGUCCGGUGAGGAGGGAGUGAUGGCGAAUCAUCUAGCUGGACCUAUCAUCCUCCUAACAGGGGUGCUGGGAGCAGAAGGGGAUAUCACCAUGGAGGAGAGCGUGGUUUUAAUUAUAUAUAUAAUUAUUUUGUAUUUCAAAACUUUUUAAAAUAUAAGUUUUAAAAUUUUGGCUAAUUUUUAAAAAUAUAAGUUUUAAAACUUUAGCUAAUUUUUAGGCUGGAUACUCCAACAUGCAUCUUGUAAUGUGGUAAGAUUUGUAAAGUUAUGACACUAAAACCUUUUUUCAAAUAACUUUUACAAUUUUUAUUUUAGCUUGGAGAAGACUGAGAAGGGUGGGAGGGGGAGAAGCGUUAAGCGUGCCAUUGUCCUCCCAUUAAUGUCAAUUUAUGCACCACUUGUAUAUGCUGUUAAGAAAGAAAAUAUAAUUUAAACUUUUUAACCCAAAA